CCAAAAGAGGUAACCAAUCCGGCAACAGUUUUAUUUCAAAGCUGAUCCGUUAUUUUUGAAGUCCCAAACAAUCCUAUCACAUUCUGUCGUUCAAGGCAAUGUGGUAGAGAAAACUAGAAUUAGAAGUGAAGGCGCGUCUGAAUGUGUUAGAAAAUCUAUAAUACAAUUGAGCGCUCGUUCCCUGAUAUUAUAUUAUCCACUUUGAAGGACUAUCAAAUUAACAAAUAUGGAAAUGGUUCGGAGGCAAAGACAGGUACAGCUUCAUCAAGACCAAGAGAAUAUUUAUGCUAUCAAAGGCAAGGGUUCAUUAGCCGUACCGUCCAAACGGCAAGGUCUUACGGUUAGGGGUGCAUUGGGUGAUUUGAACAGCAAUGUUCAAGCCCAGAGAGAUAUCAAUGUCGGCAAAGUCGCUGUUGCUGCUGCGGAAUACGAGAAGAAGGCAACUUUAAAUCGUGGUGUUUUAAAAAGUAAUUACAGCCAUGUUCAGUCAAAAGUGGAUACAGGGCUGUCUGGAAAACCAGUUAUUCAACCAUCGACAAGGCCUCCACUGAGACGUGAAGAAAGUACUGCAGGGUUGGCAGCUCGUGCUAUUGUCCGAUCUAAGGCUGUUCUAAAAGAGCAUAAAUCAGCAGAAUAUAAGGAGAAUAUAAACAUAGUAAUACAAACUAAAAAAUGCUUUCAAGAGAUCAAGAAGAGUUCAAAGCUGCCAACUGUAAAAGAAAAUAAGGAAAGUAAAAUUUUAAAACCUAUUCUUAAAGAAUCAACAGAAUCACUGGGAAAAUUGAAAUUGGCUGAAACUGCCACCCAAUCUCAGCAAGCCACUGGUAUUAUCGAUCAUAGUAAACUUGAAAAACAAGCUGCAUUAUUACAAUUAAAAGAAACACCACAACUACCACAUGACAUUGAGGAUAUUGAUGCAAGAGAUACAAACAGCCCUCUGCUUAUGUCAAUUUACAUUAAGGAUAUUUAUCAGUAUUUGACGGAACUUGAGAUUAAAUAUGCCAUUGAGCCUGACCAUUUAAGAAAUCAGGUUGUUAUUACAGGGAAAAUGAGAUCUACCUUGAUUGAUUGGUUGGUGGAAGUUCAACAUCAGUUUUCUCUAGAAUUAGAAACAUUCCAUUUGACUGUUGGAAUUAUUGACAGAUAUUUACAGGCGGUGCCCAAUGUCCAGAGAAAUCAACUGCAAUUAGUGGGUGUGACGGCCAUGUUCAUUGCCAGCAAGUAUGAAGAGAUAUAUGCGCCAGACGUGCGCGACUUCGUCUAUGUCACGGACAAUGCGUACAAGAAAUCAGACGUGUUCCGGUGUGAGAGGGAAAUCAUGUCCAAACUUGGAUUUUGUCUGGCAAGGCCUAUACCUCUCAGUUUUCUUAGAAGAUUCGUUAAGGCCGCUCACGGUACAUCAAAGAACCACCAUCUUGCCAAGUAUUUUGUUGAUUUAAGUUUAAUAGAAUAUACUAUGGCGCACUAUCGUCCAUCUGAACUGGCUGCUGCUGCUGUUUGUCUCUCUUUGUACCUACUAUCAAGUAAAAAAUUAGAAGAUGUAUGGACACCGACACUGUCAUAUUAUUCUGGUUACUCGUUAGAACACAUAGACCCUAUUAUAAGAAAGUUGGCUAAAUUAGUAGUAAAUGUCGACAAUUGUAAGUAUAAAGCUGUUUACAACAAAUAUAGUGACACGACAUUAGCUCAAGUGUCUAAUUUACCCCAGCUAAAAGGUGAAUCAAUUUAUGAACUAGCAAAAAUACCCUCUAGUACGAAGACUACGUAAGUAUAUUGGACUGAUUUUUAUUGUGUGAUUGUAAGCUUGUGAUGACAUGUCUUAUGGCACAGGUUUGUUAUAGGAAGUACCUGUUUUUAAUUUCCUAGGAUAAUUAGUAUUAGAUUGUGAGAUUUUUGAUAUUUUUAGAUAAUCUUGACAUGACAAUUUUAUUUGAGUAUAUGUGUUGUAAUAAUUCAAUGCAAGCGGUUUGGAUGAUGUCAUAAUGUAUUAGUGGACAAUUUUGAAUUAUUGUAAUUUGUAUUUAUUUAUUUGUGUCAAAUCGAUUAAUUUGUGAGUUUUAUUAUAUGUAUACGAGGUUUACGAAAUCUCAUCUAUUCUUGACCUAAACUGAUGAGUAAAUAAGGGUUUGUAUUUUACCAACGAAUAGGUUUAACAGACUCUACAAGAUGUAAAUAAGCAUCUAGAAUAAAGAGUAUUCUAAAAUGUUUAUUAAAAGUUACUUAUGUACAUCUUGUUAGCUAUUUUUUAGUUUUAAUGUGACCAAAACAACUUAAUGAGACUUCUGUUUGGAUAUUUUAAUAGUAAGGUAUUUUAUAAGAUAUUUUGCAUACAUGUAAUUUGAUAGACCUGUGAUUAGAAUAUACCAUGUAAUUUGUUGAAAAUAAAAUGAUUUACGAUACCUACUUCAUUUUUCGUUAGCCACAUUAUUUCUUAAUUAUCUGUAAAAGUAUCUCUUUAGCUAUUUGUCGCCAGGCCGAUAAUAAGGUAUUAACCUGGAAAUUUUUGAGAUGACCUGGAAAGUUUUGUGGAAUUCAUUAUAAGUAGAUUUAUAGCUGUGGCGCUGCCAGAAUGACGUCAGCCCAGCAGAGUCAUAAAGACUUAGGGUAUGUUCCGAUAUACACUGCGACCACUGAACAGUAU